AUGGACAAAAAGCAAUCAAAACCAAGUGGUAGUGGUUCUUCUUCGUCUCUGUCAUCGUCAGCGACGUCAGAUAAGCCAAAAAGCACAUCAUUGGUACCAUCAUCGACAAGUGGUGGUGGUGGUGGUGGUGCUGCUGUUGCUGCUAGUAUCGGUCAGAGCGGAAUAACAAAAACUACGGAGAGAAAUACCAUGCUGUCCCGACCUAUGUGUCGUGUUCUUCGAAAUUUCCUGCUGGUUUGGCUUGAUGCCACUUUUAAUGAGUCCAAAGAGGAUUGGAAAAAUUCAAUACAACUUCUACGACAAUUUGUAAUAACCAUCACCACAUUUACAGAUGUUGAUGAAUCUAUCGAUUUUCUAAAUGACACCGAAAAUGAAAAAGUAUUCAUGAUUGUAUCAGAAUCAUUGGAACAACAUAUAAUACCAGAAAUUUAA